GUGCGCCAGAAGAUCCGUCUCGGCAGCGUCACAGCAUGGCACUGAUGAAUCCGUUUGGUAACUUUGGAGGCGACUUCUUUGGUGGUAUCAUGCGACAGAUGGAGGACAUGCAGACUCAUGCAAUGAAUGAUCCGAAUUCACACGUGUUUUCGCAUUCAACAAUGAUUAGUUACGAUGGGCGUAACGGUGGUCAGCCACGUGUGGUCGAGAAGUCAGUUCGAAAGGCCGGCGAUGUCAAAGAAACACGGCAAAAGAAACGCGAUCGUGAUGGACGUAUUCGGGAACGACAAAGUUUUGUUAAUCUUUCACAAGGUUAAUA